AUGGUCGUCAAAGUCGGUAUCAACGGUUUCGGUCGUAUCGGCCGCAUUGUCCUCCGUAAUGCUCUUGAGAAGCAGGACAUUGAGGUCGUCGCCGUCAACGACCCCUUCAUUGACCUCGACUAUAUGGUCUACAUGUUCAAGUACGACUCCGUCCACGGACGAUUCAAGGGCACCAUUGAGGCCAAGGAUGGCAAGCUCGUCAUCAACGGCAAGGAUGUCAUCGUCUUCGCUGAGCGCGACCCCGCCAACAUCAACUGGGCCAGCGCCGGUGCUGAGUACAUCGUCGAGUCCACCGGUGUCUUCACCACCAUCGACAAGGCCUCUGCUCACUUGAAGGGCGGUGCCAAGAAGGUUAUCAUCUCUGCCCCCUCGGCCGAUGCUCCCAUGUUCGUCGUCGGUGUCAACCUCGACAAGUACGACCCCAGCCACAAAGUCAUCUCCAACGCAUCCUGCACCACCAACUGCCUUGCUCCCCUCGCCAAGGUCAUCCAUGACAAGUUUGGUAUCCUCGAGGGCUUGAUGACCACCGUCCACGCCACCACCGCUACCCAGAAGACCGUCGACGGUCCUUCCGCCAAGGACUGGCGUGGUGGUCGCUCCGUCAACAACAACAUCAUCCCCUCCUCCACUGGCGCUGCCAAGGCUGUCGGCAAGGUUAUCCCCUCGCUCAACGGCAAGCUCACUGGUAUGGCCUUCCGUGUCCCCACCCUCGACGUCUCCGUUGUCGAUCUCGUCGUCCGCCUCGAGAAGCCCGCCAAGUACGACGAAAUCAAGGCUGCCGUCAAGGCCGCCUCCGAGGGCGAGUACAAGGGUAUCCUCGAGUACACCGAGGACGCUCUCGUCUCCACUGACUUCAUCGGCCACACCGCCUCCUCCAUCUUCGACGCUAAGGCUGGUAUCCAAUUGAGCGACACCUUCGUCAAGCUCAUCGCCUGGUACGACAACGAGUGGGGCUACUCCCGCCGUGUCUGCGACUUGAUCACCUACGCCGCUGCCAAGGACAAGGAGGCUGGUGUCUAAACGCGUUUGGAUGUGAGGAAGAAGUAGUAAAAUUGCAACUUGUACACCUAUAGUUGUGUGUUUAUUCUGUAAUUUGUAGUGAAUGGACUUUGCUUGAUAUC